AUGGACGUUACUAUCGGUACCUUCGUUGGUGUGCUCGUCCUCCUCUACGCUUUGACCAAACUAUAUUCCAUAUUUCAAACUAAACCUUCCCUACCUCCAGGUCCUCCUCGAAAGCCAAUAAUUGGCAACCUAUUCGAUCUCCCUAAACCCGGCGAGUACGAAUACAAGCAUUGGGCAAAGCACCAUGAAGCCUACGGUCCCAUAAGCUCACUGUCAAUAAUGGGUCAACACAUCAUCAUUCUCAACAAUGCGCAAACUGCGAUUGAUUUACUCGAGAAGAGAUCAUCCAUUUAUUCUGACCGCUUCUCGUCUGUCUUUGGAGGCAUCAUGUGCGGGUGGAGAGCAUCACUCGCAAUGUCUCCAAAUGGGCAUCGGUUUCGCGCAAUUCGAAAAACUCUUCAUCAGACUAUAGGCACUAAGAAUUCUUUGCAGCGGUUUACUUCUUUACAGGCGACGGAAAUUAGGCGCUUGUUGACGAAAAUUUUGAGGAGUCCUGACCAACUUGAGUAUUACAUUCGCAAAGCGACGGGAGCUAUCAUCCUCUCUAUCUCUCAUGGAUAUUCAAUAAAUAGAGAUACUCCGGAUCCCUUUGUUACCCUUGCGGAUGAAUGUAUGGCGGAGGCCUCCAUUGCCUUUCAGCCCGGAGUAUGGAUGGUCGAUGUCAUGCCUUUCCUACGUUAUUUGCCAGAUUGGUUCCCUGGUACUGGAUUCAAGCAAGUAGCCAAGAAGUAUCUGGCCCGGUGCACCGAACUAGUUGAACGACCGCAUGCCUUUGUCAAACAGCAAAUGGGACGUGGCGUAUCCAAGCCUUCAUACACGGAAACAAUGCUCAAACUCCACGGCAAAUCCUUGACCUCCGAACAAGAAGACCUCAUCAAGUGGGGUGCAGCAGCGUUGUAUGGCGCUGGCUCAGACACGACCGUGUCUGUAGCGUAUAGCUUUAUCCUAUUAAUGAUCUUAUACCCCCAGGUCCAGACGAGAGCCCAAGAAGAAUUGGAUCGCGUGGUCGGUGAAGAAAGGCUACCGUCAUACGACGACCGCGACAACCUCCCUUACAUCAACGCGCUCGUCCACGAAGCGCUGCGCUUUAACCCCGUCCUGCCCAUGUGUGUUCCCCAUGUUCCGUCUCAGGAUGACAUUUAUCAAGGAUACUUAAUUCCGAAGGGCGCCGUCAUCAUGCCAAAUCUCCACCAUAUAGCCAGAGAUCCGACUGUAUAUCACAAUCCAGACAUGUUUGAACCACAGAGAUUCCUCGGCUGGGACGGUCGUGACCCAGAACCAGACAUGGAUAUCGCGUUUGGCUUUGGACGACGGAUAUGCCCAGGGAACGUCCUUGCCGAUCAAACCCUCUUCCUCGCAUUUGCAAUGAUCCUAUCAAUGUUCGACAUCAAGGCCGACGAAAAUAGUAACGUCGAGUUGAAGGACGAUUGGACAACAGGACUGAUUAGUAGACCAAAGCCCUUCCCAUGCAAGAUCUCGCCACGGUCUGAGAAAGCUUUGGCGCUCAUUGUCAGUUUUGAAGAGGAACCAGCAAGUAAACAAGGGAGCGAUGCUGAAGCUCUUGCAACCGUAACUUGGUAGUGUGUAGUGCUGUCAUCAUGUCAUUUUUGUGGAUUUGAUGUAAUACGGUGGUGGCGUACUUUCGCCGUCUUCACUGAGAUGAUUCGUCGAUCGUCAGCUUUGUUGUAUUCAUCACGCC